CUCUCUCUCUCUUUUUUUUUUAAUUAAUUAUUAUUACAUCCAUAUUGUGGUUCCAUCGUAAAUUAUUUGACAUUGUCUUCUAAUCUAUCCGAUCGUUUCUAUCGUUAACGAGAUUUUCUCUCGUUGUUCGUAACACGAAACAUUAAAAGUAACAGAAAAAGAUAAGAAAUAAGAAUCACACUUUCUUACUGAUUAUUUUAAUAUCGAUUUUUUUUUAAAUCGUAUAUUAACAAUAAUAAUAAUAAUAAUCAUUCUUCAAACGUUCCAUAUACUAUAAUCGAGUGACCGUAAAUCCAAGCGUUCGAUCAAUAUCACUGGUUGUGUCGAUCAUUAUAUUAUAAUAAUAUCGAGCCUGAUAUAUACGUACAAACGUAUAUAUAAUAUAUAAAACACUGCAUAUAUAUAUAUAAGAUAUAUAUAUAUAAAAAAUAAAAAGAACGAAAAAAUCCGCGUCGCCAUCAUGGUAUGUUCAAUCGAUGAUAUCGCCGACGAGUUGCCAGCAGAACAAAUUGCUGUCCUUCGCAAAGCUUUCGACAGCUUCGAUAGAGAAAAAAGUGGCAGCAUUCCCACCGACAUGGUGGCUGAUAUACUUCGACUUAUGGGACAACCUUUCAACAAGAAAAUUCUCGAUGAACUUAUAGAUGAAGUUGAUGCUGACAAAUCAGGACGUUUGGAAUUCGAAGAGUUCGUCACCUUGGCCGCGAAAUUCAUCGUUGAGGAAGAUGCAGAAGCACUCGAGAAAGAACUUCGAGAAGCUUUUAGGCUUUACGACAAGGAAGGUAACGGAUACAUCCCAACAACUUGCUUGCGUGAAAUCUUAAGAGAACUUGAUGAUCAAUUAACGGACGAGGAAUUGGAUAUUAUGAUCGAAGAAAUUGAUUCUGAUGGUUCCGGAACCGUAGAUUUCGAUGAAUUUAUGGAAAUGAUGACAGGAGAAUAAUCACAACCAAAGUGUCCGGUAGCGUUAACUGCCGUGAAUUUUUUGUUUUCUUUUUCUUUACAAAAAAAAAAAUUAAAAAAAAUAUAAUUAAAUGAAAAAUAAAUUAAAAAAAAAAAAAAAUAAAAAGAAAUAACGUCACGCGUUUAUCACACAAAUAAAAAAAAAAUAGCUAUAAACGAUCACUCGCGUAUAAACUAUACGUUAGGAUGGAGUAUACGUGAAACACAUAGCCGUGUUACAUCAUAAUAAUAUUUUAGAGAUGAAAGUUGGGAGGAGAAUUCUAUUGCUAUUAUUCGUGCACCAUGCGUUAUACGCGCGUGCAUGUUUAUUUGCAACAGAUUUACAUACAUUUUUGUGCGUUUGAUUAUACAUUAUUGACGUCAUGCCUGCUAUAUUUUCCAUAAACAGUAUUUAUUGUUGUUAAUAAAAACACAUUGAGAAAAAA